AUGGGGAUGGGGAGAACCUGUGAGCUCAGACAUCAUCGACGCCGUCGAUUACUGGGUAACGCUUCAGAUCUGAAAUCAACAGCGAGAUCACGACCGUCAAUUAGCGCAGACUUGAACAGGAAGCAACACUAUGAGCUGAGACUGCUGCUAACAGAGCUCAAACGAGGAUCAACGGCGGAGACAUGGUCAUGA